AGAAUUGUUCAAUUUUGCAUAAUGUCUAGUUUGAAUAUCCCAAUAUAUCUUGUGCUUUUCUUGACCAGCCAAAGUAUUACCACAAUAUUAGCUCUUGAUCACUAUUAUUACUGCCCAAACACAACUACUUAUAACAAUAUAACAAACACCUCUUACAGUUCCAACCUCAAUUUGCUACUUUCAAAUCUUUCUACUGCCUCUAGAAAACAUCUUUUUUACAAUUUCUCCAUCGAUGGUACCGAUAAUUUCGAAAGAAUUUACGGUCUUUUCAUGUGUCAAGGUGAUAUGUUAAGUGUAAAAUGUCAAGAUUUUGUAACAAGAGCUGUUAAAGACAUAAUUUUGUUAUGCCCCCGUAGCAAAACAGCCGUAUUAUGGUGGGACGAUUGUAUGUUACGUUACUCGAAUCAAUCAAUAUUCCCCGAUCCAAACUAUGCAUCCAUAAUUAACAAUCCAUCUACACCUUUUGUCAUACAUAACAAUAAUUCAAUUACUAAUGAUGAACAUGAACAAAGAAGGUUCAAACGGAGUCUAGGGGAAAUUAUGAAUGACGUAACGACUCAUGCUGCUAAUGAUGAUCGAUCGAUAGACAAGAAAAUUGCAAUUAGGGAAGCUAAGUUCAGUGUUAACACAACAAUUUAUGCCUUAGCUCAAUGCAUUCCUCAUAUGUCUUCUAAAGAUUGCCUAAAUUGCCUUGAAAAUGCCAUCAAAGUUUUAAACACGUGUUGUGAUGUAUGUAGAGGUGCUCGAGUUCAAUUUCCUAGUUGUUUUAUGAGGCAUGAAGUGUACGUCUUCUACGAUAAAACAAAGCUACUUACUUUGCCACAUAAUCAAGGGCAUGACGGAAUCUCAAAUGAUAAAGGACAACUAAUCAUUUAUGUAGUGGUUGCCAUUAUAAUUCUUUUGUUUCUACUAUCAAUUGGAGUCUUUCAUUUGCUACUAAGGAGAAGAAGGAUGAAAAGAAAUAAUAAAACUCUAAAGGAGAUGAAUAUUGUUGAUCUUAGUGAGAUUUUAACAGCUGAAUCAUUGCAAUAUGACUUUAGUACAAUUGAAGCUGCCACUAACUAUUUUUCUAUGGAAAAUAAAAUUGGUGUAGGUGGAUUUGGUGAUGUCUAUAAGGGUGUACUUGGUAAUGGACAAGAGAUAGCGGUGAAGAGGUUAUCAAGAAGGUCAAGUCAAGGUGCUGAAGAAUUUAAGAAUGAAGUUGUACUUGUCGCUAAGCUUCAACAUAGAAAUUUAGUGAGACUCUUAGGUUUUUGCUUGGAACGAGAAGAAAAAAUACUCAUCUACGAGUUCGUUUCCAACAAAAGCCUCGACUAUUUCUUAUUUGAUACAAAGAAACAAGCAAUGUUGGAUUGGUCAGUACAUGACAAGAUUAUUAAAGGAAUAGUACGAGGAUUAGUUUAUCUUCAUGAAGAUUCUCGUCCUCGAAUCAUACAUCGUGAUCUCAAAGCAAGCAAUAUUUUGUUAGACAAAGAUAUGAACCCUAAAAUUUCAGAUUUUGGCAUGGCUAGAAUAUUUGGAGUUGACCAAAUUGAAGGAAACACGAACAUAAUUGUUGGAACAUAUGGCUACAUGUCCCCGGAGUAUGCAAUGCAUGGUCAAUUCUCAGUGAAAUCAGAUGUAUUUAGUUUUGGUGUGCUUCUUUUGGAGAUAAUAAGUGGAAAAAGAAGAAAUAAUAAAGAAGAUAAAUUUGAUGACCUUCUUGUCCAUGCAUGGAAGUUGUGGAAAGAUGGUAGAGCAAUGGAACUUGUUGAUCCAACUCUCAUUGAAGACUCAAAUUCAAUAUCGAAAAUCAUGAGAUGUAUACAUAUUGGAUUGUUAUGUGUUCAAAUUGAUUUAGAUGGAAGACCUACAACUACUUUGAUAUCUCAUUUUCUUAGUACUGAUUCUGCUAUUCUAUCAGAGCCAAAUCAACCAGCGUCUUUUAAAGAUUAUUCUAGAUUAGGAAAUAUCGAUCGAAUCACAAAUAAUUUCAUUCCGACAUCUAAAUUUGAGUAUCUAAUUACUGAAAUCUACCCAAGAUAGUAUAGUAUUGUAUACCAAAGGUCACCACGUAUAUAUAAUAUGUAUAGAGACUUAAUUAGAUCGUCACAAAAAGUCUUUUAUGAUU